UCUACAGGGAGGAGAUUCAUACGUACAUUGGUGGUUAUUGCCAACAAGACCAGUCUGCAUGGCAGGGUUCCUCCGAAGAGGAAGAUGCAAGACACAACAGAGAAGAUAUCCCUGGAACCAUCCAAACAGAUGAGGCAAGUGCUGAAGAAAAUGCUGCAGGGAGGACAAGAAAUGAAAGGAGAGCCUGCGGAGAAAGAAGCAUUUCCCGGAGGAAGCAGUGGUUCCGUGCCAGCAUCUGUUGAAGGAGGGGAGGCGAUGCCAGGCACAGGCACAGGAGAUGAGGUUGCUUCUCCAUCAGCUUGGAUGAAUAAAGUUUUGAAGCCCUUGGAGCCUCCUGCAGAUGUGUCUACAGGGAGGACUUCUCCAGCUUCUCCAGCUCCUACCUUGGAUGCUGCACUCAAGCCCAGCUCCCAUCACAGUGUUACUCCAACACGGAAAGUCCAAGAUACAACAGAUAAGAUGUCCCUGCAACCAUCCAAACAGAUUAGGCAAGAGCUGAAGGAACCCCUGCAGACAAGAGAAGAGAUGGACAUAGAGCUUCAGUGGAAGGUGGCAAUUCCUGAAGGAAGCACUCCAUCUUCAAUGCGAGCCCCAGCUGCAGGAAGGAAGGCAAUGCCAGACACGGGCACAGGCACAGCAGACUGGGAUGCUGGGAAGGAUUCUCCAUUAGCCUGGCGCUCUGAAGUUGUGAAGCCCUCUGGGCAUUCUGCAGGCGUGUCUGCAGGGACGACAUCACCAACUCCUACCUUGGAUGCUGCACAAAAGCCCAGCUCCCAUGGCAGGGGUCUUCCAACAGGAGAGACCAAAGACAUGGCAGGCAAGAAAUUCCAGGACCCAUUAGAAAUCAUGUGGCAAAUGCUGAAGGAAUGUCUGCAGAGAAGACAAGAAAUCAAAGGAGAGCCUGUGCAGAUGGAAGCACUCCCCAGAGGAAGCAGUGGUUCCGUGCCAGCCUCUGCUGCAGGAAGGGAGGCCAUGCCAGGCACAGACACAGGAGACUGGAGUCGUGACAUGGGUUUUCAGGAAGUCCUGAUGAAGGAUGGUUUGAAUUUCCUGGAGGAUGCUGGAGCUGAACCUGCCGGUGAAGGCCCCACAUCCAGGAAUGAGCCUCUGGGAGAUGCUGAGGGUGUGUCUGCAGGGAGGACUUCUCAAGCCCCAGGGCCAGAUGCUUGGCCCCAACCCAGCUCCCAUGGCAUGGGUCCUCCGAAAGGAAAGACCCAAUUAUUUGCCGCCAAAACGUCUCAUGACUCAGAUGAAUUCUGGAGACAAACACAGAAGGAAGCAACCCGAGGACAAGUGAUGGAACAAAAGGCUGUUCAGGAGGAGGAACACUCAGGGAGAAGCAGUGGCUCAUUGGCAGCCCUAGCUGCAGGAAGGAAGGCAAAGCCAGACACGGGCACAGGCACAGCAGAUGCAGCCGGCACCACAAGACCUGUUCCCAAUGCCCAGGAUGGCCUCGGAAGGGGUUUCUAUCAGGAAACAGGCUACUGGCUAGCAAUACUGGCAUUUCUGUUUUGUUUGGAGCUUGUCUUCGUGUUGUGCUUGUUUGGAAUCCGGUAUUUGGAAUCGGGAAGAGAAAACAGAGCACCUCGGGACAGGAGUUGAAAGACGGUGGCUGCACCUCACACCCAGAGAGCGUGAGCAGCUCCUCCAGCAGCAGGAACGGCCCGGACAGCCCUCUCCAGUGUUCUGUGAAGAGGACCCCAGAAGAGCCGUCGACAAGGAAGCGUCUUAUUGCCCCGUAGAUCCCACUGCCACCUGCUCUCCCCAUGGGCCUCCCCAAGCUUCCUUUAUUCCUUUUUUUCUCUCCGUCUGUCCCAUCCCAGCCAACCCGAGUUCCGCUAGGGACCCCAGGACCAGCCCAGCACCUUCCAGCACCUCCUGAGACCAACACAUCCCUUCCUCUGCCCCUGAGCCCCCUGGCCUUGCCCUCUAGGCAACACUGAAGGUUGUGGAGGAUUUUGUGAACAGCUGGCUAGCUAACAAAGGUCACACUGACAUAAUACCGUUAAUUAAGCAAGAAGGAGACGAGGGUAGGAGUCAGCAGUCAGUGUCCAAACCUGGCAAGGGCACUGUGCCCUUGGUGCAACAUCAGGAUGGGGGAGAGGAUCGUUAGUUAGAAACAUGAAGAAAAUAUGUAAACAGCUGCAGCAUAGUAGCCUCAAGAAUGAUAAGGUAGGCGUAGUUAGCUGAUAAGUAACUAACCAAUAAUGAGCUCGCUUUUUGCAAUAUGUAUUAGCCUCAUUAACACCAAUAUAAAUGU